AUUAAAUUUGGCUCUCAAUUCUGUAAGUAUAUUUUUAGCUGUUUAUUUCUGUCUGUGCUAUAGGUGUACUCGGUCUACUACAAUCGCUGUGUGCAUACACAAGGGGGCACAUACACACUGAAAACCGUCUGAACCUAACUCUUGUAACACGGUCCCUGAUCGAACAUUUACUGUACGCAGAAACACGGUGACUACGAGAUCGAGUAACUUUGUCGGUUCUCUUUUCUAUUUUUUUUUUUUUAAAGAAUGACCCGUUCAUAUCCCGAUGUUGUGCCGGUAAUCUUGCCACUAGUAAUCGCGGGGUAAGUUUGAGUGACGUUUUGUGUAACCGAUGAUGUGGUUUUAGAUCGAAACGUCACCGCUAAUAGAUAGAGUUGUAACUUUACGUCACGAUACCCGUCACAAUAGCACCGGCUUCGAAUCGGUGAGGUUUUCGAUCCGACGUAUAGUUACGGAGAUACGGACAAUUAAAGAUCAGACCAAUCGAAGCACGCUGCAAGUAGAAGUAGAAAGAUGUCGCUGUUAAGAGAGAAAAGGAUUGCAGUUUUAGCUUUGCCGGUUGAAAUCAUGACUACAAAGUCGCUCUAGAACAUGGAACGUAAGCGAUCAUUCAGGAGAAGGAAACAGCGGAAACCUUUCUCUGAAAAAUGCAAGGACUAUUUACGGAAGUUUGCCGCCUUUAUGUUUAGCAACGUCGGAAUUAUCGGCUUGGUGGUAGGAUACACCAUAGCAGGCGCCUUCAUUUUUACAUCUAUUGAAGGCCAUACAGAACAAGAAGUGAAAAUAAAUAUUCUUACAAGUCGUAAUCAAACAAUAAAUCGACUUUGGGAGGUGACGUACAAUCUGAACGUUCUGUAUAAAGAAACUUGGCGAAACGCUGUCGAAAUUGAAUUGUUUAAAUAUCAGAAAGAUAUUAUUGAAGCAGCUAGAAAUGGUUACGAUGGGUCUGAUGAUGUAGACGAAUUUAAACAGUGGCGUUUUGCAGGUGGAUUUUUAUAUUCGUUAACUGUGAUAACAACUAUUGGGUAUGGUAAUAUACUACCCCGGACACCAUGGGGUAAGGUGGCUACAAUAAUCUAUGCCAUUAUUGGCAUGCCGCUAUUUCUACUUUAUUUAUCAAACAUCGGUGACAUAAUGGCCGGCUCUUUCAAAUGGAUCUAUGCGAAAUGCUGUUUGUGCAGGUGUUGUCCGGGGGUUGCCAGACGAAGGGCUGAAAGACGGCGAAGAAGAGCCCUACAACUUAGUAUCGAAUAUAUUAAUAGCAGGGUAGACAGUAGAAAUAACAGCGAUUUGUCCCAAGCCAGUGUUCAUAACAUUCACAUGGAGGAGUACAGACUGAAUUCACUUGGAGGAAGUAGUAGCGACGACGAGGAAGAAGAAGACAGUGACGGUGUGACAGAAACCGACGUUUCGUACGAUUCACAAGCCGUCACGGUACCUUUAACCAUAUGUCUCGCCAUUAUGGUAGGGUACGUUUGCGGGGGUGCGAUUCUAUUUUCCCGUUACGAAGACUGGAAUUUGCUUGAUGGUUCCUAUUUUUGUUUUAUAUCAUUGAGUACUAUAGGUUUCGGGGAUAUCGUUCCCGGGGACAAAAUAUAUUCGGGAAAAGGCUACGAGCUCAGUUUCAUAUUUUGUUCAAUGUAUCUGAUGCUGGGGAUGGCUCUCAUAGCCAUGUGCUUCAAUUUGAUGCAGGAAGAGGUUAUUCACAAAAUAAGAACUACGAUGCGAACUGUAAGAUAUAUUUUACGUUGCAACAGGUGACACACCUACGUAACUCAAAACUAAAUUAAAAUUAAAGAACAGAAGCUGUUUUGAAGUCAUAAAAGUGCCCUGUCGAUGACAAUUCUUCAGCUUCAUGGUCAAUUUCUUAAUGUGCUACCCAAAAAGUUUUUGGGAAGAAAGAAAAAAAAGACUGUCUACUAAGAUCGGCUGAUAAGUUUAUCACACUAGCGCGUAGGAUUCAAUUGGAAUGAGUUAAAGCAUAAUUCUUUAGCCACAUAAUGCAAAAUUUAUUUUUCAAUUGUAUUCCCGUUUAUACUGAGAUAUUUUUCCCACCGUGAGGAACGUAUUUGUAUUCGGGUGCAGGUUGGCCAUAGUAAUGACCCUCGAGAUCUCUUUUGAGACUUGGGAAGAAAUAUUUCGAGAUCCCUCCUGCUGUGAGGGAGGAAGUAGAAGUCCCUCUAAACUCUGUUGAGGUGAGGAAUGAACUGGAGGUCCUUCUGGAAGUCACUGAUGAAAUGAAGGUGUUUGUAAAUCCCUCUUGAGACGAAGGAGAAAGUGGAAAUCCUUCUCAAGAUCCCUUUUGUUGUUAGAGAAGAAAUGGAAGUCCUUGUAGAAGCUUUUGAGUUGGCUAGAAGAAGAAGUGAAAGUCCCUGUAGUGUCCUUCUUGAAGUUAAAGAAGAAAUGGAAGUCCUACUAAAGCCCCCGUCAGAUAAGGAAAGAAGUGGAAGUCCCUCAAAAUUCUUCUUGAGGCCAGGGAAGAAUUGGAAGUUCUUAGAGAUUGUUCUUGAAGUUAGAUAAUAAGUGAAUCUUCCUCUCGAGAUCUUUCUUGAAUUUAGAGAAGAAAUAAAAGUCGCUUUAGAUCCUUGAUGAUCCUAGAGAUGAGGGAAGAAGUGGACGUUCUCCGAGAUCCCUCUUGAGAUAAGGGCAGAUGUGGAUGUUUUGAGCUUUCUCUUUAGGUGAGGAGGGCAAUGGAGGUACUAGAUAUCGGUCUUGAGGUGAAAUAAGAAGUGCGAUUUCAUGUCGAGAUCCUUCUUAAGAUUAGAGAAGAGAUGAAAGUCCUUCUAGAUCCCUCAUGAGAUGAGGGAGGAAGUAGAUAUUCCUCGAAAUCCAUCUUGAGGCGAGGGAAGAAGUGGAAGUACCUCGAGCUUUCUCUUGGGGCGAGGAUAGAAAUGGAGAUACUUAAAUAUCGGUUUUGAGGUGUGAUAAGAAGUGGAAGUCCCUGUCGAGAUCCUUCUUAAGGUCAGAGAAGAGAUAAAAAGUUCUUCUAGAUCCCUCUUGAGAUGAGGGAAGAAGUGGACGUUCCUCGAGAUCCCUCCUGAGAUGGGGGUCGAUGUGGGGGUCCUUCGAGCUUUCUCUUGAGGCGAGGGUACAAAUGGAGAUACUUAGAUAUCUGUCUUGAGGUGAGAUAUGAAGUGGAAGUCGCUUUCGAGCUCCUUCUAGAGAUUAGAAAACAGAUGAAAGUUUCUCUAGAUCCUUCUUGAGAUGAGGAAAGAAGCGGGUGUUCCUUGAGAUCCCUCUUGAGAGAGGGUCGCUGUGGGAGUCCUUCGAUCUUUCUCAUGAGGCGAGGGAAGAAAUGGAAGUACUUAUAGAUCGGUCUUGAGGUGGGAUAAGACGUGAAAGUCCCAGUCGAGAACCUUCUUAAGUUUAGACAAGAGAUGAAAGUACCUUUAAAUCCCUCUUGAGAUGAGGGAGGAAGUAGAUAUUCCUCGAAAUGCCUCUUGAGGCGAGGGAAGAAGUGGAAGUCCUGAAGAAUUCCGGAAGACAAAGAAUUUCUGAGGAUUCAAAUUUUCUACUGCUAUUAAAAUUCAAAAACAGUCCUACCUACUAAACUUUUCAGUCGGUCUUCGUAUUUGUGUUCAUAUGUAAUAUGAGAUAUCAGCUUGAGUUUUUAAAAUGCGAAACUUAUACGAAGCCCUACAAUUUACUUGUACUCCUGGAUAAAGUUCGCAAAGAAAUUAAUUAGCUGUACGAGCUAUGGAGUUUCCUUGAACCUUCAAUUUCGACAAGACCUCUGAAUGCUUUUACAAGAAUUUCUUCAAGAAAAAAUUACAGUUUUGCGAUGGAUUUAACAUUAUGUCUCAGGUUCAAAAAAAUCAUAUAAAACGUAUUCCCUGUUCGCAUAUAUGACCAACUUAUUUCGUGGACCAAAACAGAAAAAUAAAAAAAUUCUUAAAUGUUUAGAAUUAGAUUUAUUUGUUUCCAUUCUAUUUUUUGUUUUUGCCCAACAGCGCACACAGUUUGUCAUUCUCUUUUUUCGUUUGUUUUGAAUUUAAACGCUGC